UCGCAGUUGGUGACUACAGUAAGAGAAGAAGAAGGAGCGCAUCAGCAGAGGAAGAGUGAGACAAGCAUGGCUGGAAACUUGAGCAGUACCGUGUCUCCGGUGUCCAGCUCUCUGUCCAGACUGCAGGCUCUGAACGGACUGUUCGCGGUUUACAAGAAACAAGGACCGACCUCCGCGGACGUGUUGAACGCUCUGAAAGAAGCUCUGCUGAAGGAAGCGGGAGUCCAGAACCCGAACCCGAGGAAGAGGAGGAAGCAGAGCCUGAAGAUGGGCCACGGAGGGACUCUGGACAGCGCAGCCAGCGGAGUGUUGGUUGUUGGUGUUGGGAAUGGCACAAAAAUGCUCAGCACAAUGUUGACUGGUUCAAAGAAAUAUGUAGCUGUAGGGGAGCUGGGGAAAGCAACAGACACUCUUGAUGCCACGGGCAGCGUGACUCUUGAAAAAGGCUUUGAACACAUUACCAGGCCGGAUGUUGAGGCCAAACUGAAAGCUUUCACUGGUGAUAUCAUGCAGGUGCCUCCACUCUACUCAGCGCUGAAAAAGGACGGCCAGCGUCUGUCUGUUCUGCUGAAGAAAGGUCACAAGGUUGAGGCCAAACCAGCCAGGCCAGUCACCGUGUACAACCUCACCCUGCUGGAGUUCAAGCCUCCUCUCUUCACUCUGGAUAUUGAGUGUGGUGGUGGGUUCUACGUCAGGAGCUUGGUGGACGACCUGGGAAAAGCUCUGUCAUCGUGUGCUCAUGUGAAGGAGCUGACCAGGACCAAGCAGGGUCAGUUCACCCUGCAGGAACACGCUUUACGUGAGGAGCAGUGGACUCUGGAGCACGUCCUGCAGUCGCUGCAGUGCUGCUCAGAGGGAGAGCCGGAACCAGAACCACCAGAGGCCGAAACCUGAGGAGCACCAGGACCCAGAGUCCAACUGAAGAGCCGGGAUGGACGUUUGCCUGAUAGUUAGCAUGGCUCACCUGCUCCACUUUACUCAUUCUGAAGGUGUGUUUGUUAGCAGGUCAAGUUUGACAAACUCAGACAAAUGUCAAAAACACAGAUGUUCUGGAGCUUGGUAGAUCAGUGCAAUGACUGGACUGGUUCUGUUGCACAUUCUUGUGGUUUCUGCCUCAUCUGUGGUUUUGUAAGUAGUUGUGUAUUUGGAAAUUGCAGCCCCCCCCCACUCCACCCCAGCUAACCACUUAUUAGAAAUCAUGGUUAAGAAAGCAAUAUUCAGGAUAUUUAUCAUAGAUUCAAAGCAAAAAGGUAUGCUUUGUUAGGGAACAUUCCCACAAAAGUUAAAUGUAAAGCAUUUCACACUGCAGCAUUCAUUUGGAUUUUUGUUAAAAUUUCAAAUAUUAAUUGAUGAUGAAAAAGAAGAAUUGUGAUUGGCAGCUUCAUAGUUUGAGUUGAGACAAAGGGUCUUGUUUAAAACACUAGCAGUGAUAGCUUCUGUAACCAAAGCAGAUAAACACAUCAGUCAAAGCGCCUGCAGAUGUCGUGCCUAUAAACUCCUCCUUGGAAAAUUUCCCCUUUUGUUGCUUUUCAACAUUGAAUAAUGGCCAAUGCAAUGUGGCUUUUUUAGUUACAAAGCAAGACUUUCAAAGUUAAACCUGAUUUGAACAACGUCAUGUGAAUUAAUUAAAAAUAUAGCACAUGAAAUCAGUGCAUGUGUAGUACCCUCCUCCAAGUCAGUAUUUAGUAGAUGAGCCACAUUCACUGCUCAGAGGAUCUUCAUUUCACUUAUUGUGUGACUUCUAGCACCACUUGGCUGCACCUGUGUUGAAUCAGGUGAGUCACUUUAGAGGGGGUGAAUAUGUACACAAUUACGUACACGUAAUAUGGGAUCUUUCUGCAUGGUCUCCAUGUAGACUGGUGGCCUGUCCAGAGUGUCCCCUACCUUCACCCUCACUCAGCUGUCAUAGACUCCAGCCCCCUGUGACCCUAAUGAGGAUUAAGCAGUGGAUAGCUAAUGGAUGAUUACUGUUUUAGUUUGAUAUGAAAGAGCCUCUUUUUUUGUAAAUUCUUGUCAAAAAAAGCCUAGUCGCAUCAACGAUGAUUCAGUGUGGAAAAGCAAUGAAAGGGGAAAGCUUUCAAAGUGGGGAGAUGGCAUUUCCUUGGUAUAUCUGUGGAAAUGCAGCACUGUUUUCUCUAAGUACUGACUCCAACAAGAUAUGCUGACAUGUGGAUGAACAUAAUGUGUGCAUUUUCAAUGCAGAGAUAAUUUUUUUUUUUAAACUGCUGUGGUGAAAGCAGUGUUAUAUCCCCAGCACGUCUCUUUAAUUUAUGCAUUAUUUCCUAAAGAAAUGAAUAUGGGGUGAAACGGAUGAAAAACAACAUUUGUUUUUUGUUCACACAUGGAUCUCAUAAUUUAAGAGUGGCUGCCCCAGGUCUUGAAAAGUCAUUAAAUGCUUAGAUUUUUGCUCCUUCAAAGACAGUAAACAUGCAUUUUGUAAAUGUCUAAAUUGUUUCCUUUCCUAUUUUAUGGAUAAUUUUAGACAUAAAGUGUUAUUGUUUGUGUUCUGUAAAAUGACCAGGAGUAGUUUUUCCUCCACUGAGCCUGCUGGAGGUUUGUUUUUAGUUCUGUCUGUUGCCCUGUCAGCAGGAUUACGCAAACACUGACAAAUCCAAAUUCAUGAAAUGUGCUGGAGAGGUGGAGCAAAGGAAGGAGAACAUUUGGUGCUGGUUCAGACCGCUUUCUGAGAAGGGCUGCUGGUAGGAUCUGUUAUUCAUGCUGCCCUCUGAGGUCCAGGUUUUGUUUGAAGAUUAGGAUCUGGGCUGCACUGUAAAGAAAGAAGAGUUGAGGAAACUUAAAAUUUUAAGGCAACCUUUUGCAGUAAAAUUUUUUGAAUUGUC